GUUUCCCAAGAGCAGAUAAUUGGGAAUUCGGAACUUCUCUGCAUAUUGCACGUGAAGCUCUCCUGACGCAUUCUUAACCAGCUGGAACAUAUAUAUGCUUUCUCUCGAUUUUUAUAACCUCCCGGAAAAUCGGCGUCGUUUUCCGUAGAUGUGUCAUCACCACAGCAGUUUGUAUUAUGAGGUCUAUGGCAUCAGGUGACGACCAGUAUUCGGCUGGAUUUAGCGUUGGCUCCUGUGCUACUCGUAUUCACGAUGGCUUGCCGCAGAAACCCACCUACCAUUUCGAGUUGCCUGCAUGCUUGAGCUCUUUAUCUCCGUCUGUGAAUCGUCCAACGCACAAACUCGUUUGGUACCAACAACAGGAAAUUGCCGAACUAUUACUGGGUGCUGCACUUAAUCAGGACUGGUUGUCUUCGUUUGUGAAUGUUAGGCCUCCAAACGGUACUGUGCUUUUUUACCGACGUGACACGGCCAAUUUGGCGCGAAAACAAGAUGGCUACCUUUGGCAACGAAAACCGAAUCGUCGAGCGGUCAAAGAGGUGCAUAUGGUUCUCAAAGUGGACGGCGUCGAGUGUAUUCUGGCCAACUACGCACACUCUGCGCUCCUGUCAACAUUCCACAGACGCACAUACUCUCUUCGAUAUAGUCCAUCGAUUGUGCUGUUCCAUUACCUGAAUGUUCCAUCAAUUACGGCCAAUGACAAGCUGUGUCUACCCAUUCCGAUGUUCGACGAAGAGAAUCGAGCUGCCCUGACUAGAACUUUCAUUGUCCAGCAACUCCUCCCCAUGUUUUCUGGUUUUCCAACGCUCGUUUCGCGACCAGAUUCAAACCGCCGUUUGCACUUUGAUAUUCGAGGUAUCUUGACAACUUUAUCGGCAGUGAUUUCGCACCAAUCUGAAAAGAUCAAACCUCCGGUUGCAGGACGCUCUUGUUCCCGUACCACCUACCUUUUCAUACAUCCUACUCUCUUGGAGACCCCCUCCUCGAUGUUAUCAUCGGACAACACCAGUAAAUACAGAUUACAGACUAUGAAUGGAGACGUUUCUGACCCUUCCUCCAUUCACGCCUGCGGGAACCCAGUCAGGCAGGCUACCGCCGGUUGCAGUAUAACAGAGAAAGAUAAGAAAAAUCCUGCUUCUGAGUAUGUACGGUCAGAUUUCACAGAUUCCUGGACUGAUCGUUUCACCGAUUCGUUCCCAAACGAAGGGGAUAAGAUAUAUAUUGUGAACCUUCCGGGGCGUCGGAGUGUUUCAAAAUCAGGCGCGAAUUCUGAAUUCCAACCGGAUUCGGCAGCUACUGAGUCUUCCGCAAUCAGCCGGUUUGCAUCAGCCGUUGAAGAUGGCGAAUAUGAAGUUGUAACAAGCGAGUUCGACAGUCGUGAAACGGAACUUUUGUUUGGCGUUUUGCCGUCGGACCGUAGGUCCGAAGAAUUACCAAGCAAUGCGUUCUCGGCGAACCAAGAUUUGUUGCACAACAGCGAUUCGGACAAACCCACAUCUCAGUCACCUGACUUAUCUCAGUCUUGCAAAAGCACAGAUUUGUUCAAUUGGUUAUCGGAACAGCAGCUCCACAAUGGCGAAACGAUCUGUGCGAGUUUUUUCCCAGAAACGUUUUCGAGCGAGUUAGGCCAAAUCGAUACAGAUGAGUUCUGGACGGAUUUUCUGCCUGACGAUCAGUUUAGUUUCGGCGAAGAUGAGCGACAACCAAGUGAGGAAUUAUGCGAACCGGACUACGCCUCUGACCCACUAUCACAUAUUGAUAUCGGGACCCCUGCUCCAACGAUAGAAGCGGUGGAAACGUCACUUUCCCCACCAAAACAAUCUUGUCCAGUGGUAGACGCGCGCGAUGUUUUCCCGCACUCUCUCAGUGACCGAAUCGAUAAUGAUCGAAUCUUUCAGUCAAGUUUCUCCACGGUCGUCGAACACCGGGACGCACAGGACCCUUGUGAAAAUGACUCAUUGCCGACUGGUUCAAUGAAUCGCACCCCAGAUGACGUUAGGAUGCAUACUCAUUCGUCCGAAGAUGACUUGGUUGAUGAAAUAAAGCCUGAUGAUUUAUGGGACCUCCGAAUCCCAGUCGCUCGUGCCCAGUGGGAGCUCGUCCACUGCUUUAGUUCUGCUACUGCACCAUUACGCUCCUCAUUGGCCGCUUCGGACGAGUUUAUCCUUGUUUUGGAUAACCACGGCGGAGAUGCUGCAUCUGGCGAUCAGGGAGGAGAUCUAGAAUCCGACUCCUUCGAUGCUGAUGGGGUUGUUUAUACCAGUUCUCCGAGGAAAACUCCAAGUUCCCCAACUUUUUUGUUUGGGCGGACCGACGAAGACAUAUCUAGUGAUAUUAAGGAUCAUGGAUCGUGUAAUCCGUCAUUGUAUGCGGAUCGGAUUGAGGAGCUUCUUGUCUCACAGUGCUCCAUUUGGAUGUUCGGACAAGAUGUACGAUCAGCUAUAGGUCAAGGUGGCGUUUUAUCGGGUGCCACACAAGAUGCAUCCGAGAAUAUCGACACAUCAGGCGAGCAACAGUGGGUGAACUAUCCUCACUUGCUUCAGGCCAUUCAAAUGGUAAAACGCGACGCACAGAGCCUCACUUCGCAUGACUUGCCGCCAGUCACCUUACUGUUUUGUGUGGCAGCUCUGGGAUAUUCUGAAUUGCUCCUCACACUCAUGCAAUGGCGUGUUCUCGAGCUCGAAGAUCAUCAACCGUUGCCCACAAGCGAAGUUACACGUAUCGAGUCACCCGUGAUGCUGUCCUCAACAGAACAAUUAGGGAAUUUGCUGACCUCAAAACCAGUGAUAUUCGAAACUGCUUCCAUAUCUCCACUUGGCUGCGCCAUUCUACACCAGCACAUCAAGUGUGCCUGUCUUCUGGCUAUUUUGGAACCAGAAACUCUUAGCAAACCCUGUUUAGAAUUUGAGCAAGCCAACGGCGCUGUUUCGUUCCAUCCAAAGCAGCUGGCUCGAUUUCUUGGUCUCUCUAGUCUGGAGUAUUAUUUGGAAGAGAUCGAGUUUUCGUCUACCAAACGCACAGACACCACACCCAGACGACGCCUGACUGAGAUGCUGGAGUACUCCCAGUCGUGGGACUCUGCUUUCCCUCCAACUUCUAGUUCUUGUCGGACGAUGGGACACGCUUACCAUGAACAUUUAGCAUCAGGGGAGUCGUCUUGUGUCCCAUUGUUUUCCAGACGGGGCGCUUCGUAUGUCCCUUCACUGGAUAUUUCCAAAAUCAAUUAUAUCAGCGGAUCAUCAUAUCCACUCUGCUCGAGCUCUGGGGUUCAAUCUGCCUUUCCUACAUUCUUACUUGACAAUCCGACUCAUUCGGCUGAUUUGUGUAAUAUCGAUACAGGAGUUGCAGAGGUUGAAAAGGACACCGAAAGCUGCAAUACAGACGGAUCUCCCAUGCUUUACCAUUCUUCCAACCCGUUUAAACCGAUAUGUUCACCUCGACUUCCCCUGCAUUCGCAUCACCCGCAACGUCAAAUAUCUUUGGAUGAGCGUGAUGUCUCCGGCGUCUACUCGACACACUGUCGACCAGGGCCUGUUGUAGAUGGGUUGGAAUCCUGUUUUCAUCGUCAUAGGACUCGAUCUUUUUGCAUUGCGCCGCUUUAUACGAGUGUUACCAAUUUGGUCGAAGACGAUGGUUCACAGCAAAUGGUCUACUUGGCAGAUCGGAUCAUUGAAGCUAUGCCAAGUCGCAUUGUUAACUUACACAGACAGGAGACCUGUGAUCUUUCAUCCUUGCGGCCAGAUUUCUCGGAUUCCGCUUUGGGUAUGAGUGUAUGUGCGGAAAAUUCAGCGAGGUCAAGUUGUUUUCAACCCUCCUUACCUGGUGAUUUGGCUAAACACUGCCGACCCACACAAGCUCAAUGUCGAGAUCUAAUCGACCUACCGCAAACACAACGAAUAUCAUUAAGGACUACACCCGCCGUAGUCAAGCGAAUCCGUACUGAUUGUGGUGAGGCUUCUGGAUCCAUGGUAUCAUUGCCAGGUGGCCCACUUGGUUCCACGAAGUACGUUGCAUAUCGCGGUUUGACUUUCCGGAAUUGUGCCUCUAAGACAAGUCACCGGGUGAAGACGGCUCUUUUGAGCUUCCACCCUCCUCUUGGCACUUCAACAAGCGGGCGAUUUGUUUGUGAUACAGAUGAUAUCGACAGCCUGCACGCAAGAUCUUGCGAAUGUCGUUCGCAAACUACUGCAUCCAACUCCCUGUUGGCCACUUCCCCCAGCUCCGCCGGCUACUUAUACGAGGAACAUGGUGAUGGCAUGCAGCACUGUGGAACCGGUGAUUUUUCCGUUUGGAGCAAUCGAUGCAGUCCUCCUCCGUCUACCGCUGAGAUUGCUGAGCACUUCAAUGCGCCCAGUAGAUUCAUGGAGACCGACUUCAGCCGCCUCACCCUGUCCGACCAGGAACAGAAACGAUUGUACGAAGCCGCGAAAAUAAUUCAGAAAUGUUAUCGGGCAUAUAAAAGGAAUAAGUCUUCUGUUAAUGAACGGAUAUCACAUGAAGAUCCCGCGGAUGGGAUACAUUCUACGUCACAACUUAGUAGCCCUCAUUCAGGACCAGUGGAAAUAAGCCAUCAGCAGUAUACAGAAACCGGGGGCGACGCGCCGUCUGCUUCCGCUCAAUGCUGGGAGCAGUUUGUAUUUACUUCCGCUGAUGAUCAGAGUGUGGGUCUCGAACUUGAGAUUGAAACCACACCUUCUUCUGAAGGGCCUGUUUGUCACCAACUUCAUUCCGGAUCGAACAAUUGUUCGAAUGAAAGCACCAAUCUAACUACUGUGUCAGGGACAGCUAGUACUCCACUUCUUUCUUCUUCAGAAGACGUCAAAAAAGAAAUAGAAGCUGCAAUCAUUAUUCAGAGCUAUUACCGGCGAUAUAAACAGAGGUGGCCCACACGUUUGGAGUAUGGUGCCAAAGCUGUUAUAAAAGUUGGUUGUAAAGAACCAUAUCACUGCUUCUUCGAAGUUGGAGACGCAGUCAAACGUUACCUGUGUUACCCUUUUUUUUACCUUCAGUACGCCUAUUACAAGCGUCUGUGUCAAGCAACACUGUUAAUACAGAACCAGUAUCGUUAUAUACGGGAAAAGAAGGGAUCUGGCGGACCGGUUAACCGAGUGAGAAAAGGCAAGCCUCCAAUGGGGCCCACGAACACCAGACUUCGCAACUUGUGCCAGCGUAGAUCCAAAGCUCAGGUGCCCACGGACGUUGGGGUUAGCUUUCCGGAUCCGUACACCAGCCAGGAUUCUGUCACGAUGCGAACGGAUCACAGCGGCCUAGUUUCUGUUACUGCGGCCCGUACCUCUACGUUGGUCCACAACCGUGCCAGUUCGACGGCCACUUGCCCCAACAUGGUCCCUCGCACCUAAGACCCGGGAUUCGCACCAUACCCGCCACGACGACGUCUUCGUUCAUUGCGCCUCGUUUAUCAGGAUUCGCAUUCAGAAGGCGACGACCAACAUAUGGCCGCUUCCUACAGCCACCUCGCCACACGUUUGGUGGAAAUGUGAUGGGACAGUUUUGAAUGCCAGAUCAUCUGUUGUUCUGGCGAAACGCACUAUCCUAACCCACAGUAUAUGCUCAACUGUCCUCUAAAUGCAUAAUCAAAGCGCACACCUUCGAUCCCUGCUUUCUUUCAACCUAAGCUUUCGAAAAUUGAUGAGUCGCGCGCAGUUUCGCGAUGCUUUGUGAAAACAAUUACCCUAUGGUACCCAUGCAUUUCACCUUACAGAUCCUCUUAGUACACAGACCUGCUGUGAGAUGCCUAGGAAGACUAUCUAUCCCAAGUUUCCUCUGUCUAUCCAUAUUGCCCGAAAUACUGCUCCUUCCGAAGUGAGCAACCACUCAGCAGAACCGUUCCUUCUCGGUUUUACCGAGUGUUUUUUUAAAUGGCUGCAUUUAUAUAUUUUGCUCAAUGGCUUCCAUCUACGGCGCGGUCUUUCUCUGAUCCAGAUUAUUUAAAGUUUACCUCCUCGCUUUAUAACUUAUUCUCAGCAGUCGAACUCGUCCACACCAACUGGUUGCUAACACCUGGUCCCGAUCAAAAUUAUGCGCGUUUGUAGUGGUUGUCUUCUCUUCCUCCGUCCAUGCUGCUUUCCGUGAUAUAAAUCCUAAGCUUUCUUUUUCGGUCUUUCUAUGUAUCCUUUCCAUCUUAGCACUGACUACGAUACUCUAUUUGGCUCAAUUUUUCUGUUACACAAUAAUGGUGUUCGUAAUCUUCAUUAUUUCUUGUGUGACUUGGUCCUACCUUGAACAGCGAGUCGUUGGUGCUACGUAUGCAGUUGAUGACAAACCUUACCUUCCGAUGAUUCUCAGUCUUUUAGUCCCG